UUUUGCAGGAAGUGUUAGCAGCUACUAUUUGUUUCCCUGGGUGCAACACUACCGUUGGAAUUGGUUGUUGCCUUUAGUGUGUUCUCACCUUUGCCCUUCUACUUCCAGGUAGAGGAGGCUGACAUAUUGAAUGGAGCAAAGGCUGGCACAGUACAGGGCCAGGAAACAGAAAGUCCAACAAGAACCUGGCCAAGGAGGGACUGCAAAAUCUGGGGAACCUGAACCAGCUAGCAGGGGCUACCGACGGGCAGCGAAAGAGAAAAUUCUGAGUCUGUACUCGAGGUGGAGAAAAAGGCAAAAUGUGGAGCCUCCUAAUCCUCAAAUAAACAAUCAAAGGAUGCAGGUAAGACCAGAGAAAGGCACGGAAAACCUAGACUCUGGUGUCUCUAACCUCCACCUUUACAUUCCAACUUGUGGUGUUUAUCUGCUAAACUGGGAGUUGGGUAAAAUGUAACCUGGAAAUUGCAGAUUGAAAAAAAAAAAUCGUCCAACUCAGCUGUUUUCUUGCUCAGCUAGUUUGGCCCAGUCUGGGUACUAAUGCUCUCCUGCAAUCUGCAAAACAAUCCGUGACUCCCCAGUAUGCGAGGUGCAUUUAGCACCAUUAACAUUUAUUUAUUUAUUUUAAUUGCAGCACCCUGUGUCGUUAUGUGUGCUGCCUGCAUGAGCUUACACCUGCACAGUGUUCACGUUGGAAUGUAACCCACACACUGUCUUAACACAUUCUAUAGAUUAAUUAAAUGCAAAUAUGAACUUUAAAAUUAAACUGCUCAGGGUUUUAAUAAAGAAAGUUGCUUAUUAAAAGUUCUUGCAUUGCUUGCUCAUCCCCACUGGUUGCAUUUUGUGUGCAGUAAGCUUUGCCCAGCUUUGGAAGUCGCUGUCAGCCGAUCCCAGACUUCCCAUGUUCUCAGUUAUUGCUAACUCUGCUUAGUAUGGAUAAUAUGCAUUCCAACACUCUGCAACGGUUCUAUUCAUCAGAACGCAUAAAUGGAGCUGCUGCUAUAUUAGCAAUAGCUCAACGUAUGCUUUAACUGUAGCGUUAAUUGUGCGUGUGCCUGGCUAAAGUCCCUUCAUAUUAUCAAGGAGCCUGCCAGGGGAGGUGGGGACCUGUAUACCCCUGCACUGGGCAAAUGGCGUAUACAUGGACAGGCAGGGGGCUACAUGCACUGGGUCAGUUUGUUGGAGAAGUUCACAUUUCCUGUCUGAGUUGCAACAUAAACCAGACCCAUUUUUACAAAGUUUAGAAGGGAAAUGAUUUAGUUCGUCUCUUAACCCAUUCAUGAUCAGUGACGUGCUCUCAUAGUAUAAUUGGAUUUGUUUAACCCCUUCAUAGCAUGUUGUGCUCUCAUAGUAUCAUUUGAUUUGUUUAACCCCUUCAUAGCAUGUUGUGCUCUCAUAGUAUAAUUGGAUUUGUUUAACCCCUUCAUAGCAUGUUGUGCUCUCAUAGUAUCAUUGGAUUUGUUUAACCCCUUCAUAGCAUGUUGUGCUCUCAUAGUAUCCCCUUCAUAGCAUGUUGUGCUCUCAUAGUAUCAUUGGAUUUGUUUAACCCCUUCAUAGCAUGUUGUGCUCUCAUAGUAUCAUUGGAUUUGUUUAACCCCUUCAUAGCAUGUUGUGCUCUCAUAGUAUAAUUGGAUUUGUUUAACCCCUUCAUAGCAUGUUGUGCUCUCAUUGUAUAAUUGGAUUUGUUUAACCCCUUCAUAGCAUGUUGUGCUCUCAUAGUAUAAUUGGAUUUGUUUAACCCCUUCAUAGCAUGUUGUGCUCUCAUAGUAUCAUUUGAUUUGUUUAACCCCUUCAUAGCAUGUUGUGCUCUCAUAGUAUCAUUUGAUUUGUUUAACCCCUUCAUAGCAUGUUGUGCUCUCAUAGUAUCAUUGGAUUUGUUUAACCCCUUCAUAGCAUGUUGUGCUCUCAUAGUAUAAUUUGAUUUGUUUAACCCCUUCAUAGCAUGUUGUGCUCUCAUAGUAUAAUUGGAUUUGUUUAACCCCUUCAUAGCAUGUUGUGCUCUCAUAGUAUCAUUUGAUUUGUUUAACCCCUUCAUAGCAUGUUGUGCUCUCAUAGUAUAAUUUGAUUUGUUUAACCCCUUCAUAGCAUGUUGUGCUCUCAUAGUAUCAUUUGAUUUGUUUAACCCCUUCAUAGCAUGUUGUGCUCUCAUAGUAUCAUUGGAUUUGUUUAACCCCUUCAUAGCAUGUUGUGCUCUCAUAGUAUCAUUUGAUUUGUUUAACCCCUUCAUAGCAUGUUGUGCUCUCAUAGUAUCAUUUGAUUUGUUUAACCCCUUCAUAGCAUGUUGUGCUCUCAUAGUAUCAUUUGAUUUGUUUAACCCCUUCAUAGCAUGUUGUGCUCUCAUAGUAUAAUUUGAUUUGUUUAACCCCUUCAUAGCAUGUUGUGCUCUCAUAGUAUCAUUGGAUUUGUUUAACCCCUUCAUAGCAUGUUGUGCUCUCAUAGUAUCAUUGGAUUUGUUUAACCCCUUCAUAGCAUGUUGUGCUCUCAUAGUAUCAUUUGAUUUGUUUAACCCCUUCAUAGCAUGUUGUGCUCUCAUAGUAUCAUUUGAUUUGUUUAACCCCUUCAUAGCAUGUUGUGCUCUCAUAGUAUCAUUUGAUUUGUUUAACCCCUUCAUAGCAUAUUGUGCUCUCAUAGUAUCAUUUGAUUUGUUUAACCUAUUGCCCUAAAGGUUUAAACAAAGUUAUUACACAUUGCUCUAUAUGUUCCAAUAAUAACAUUCAUAUGCAGCUUUCAGGAGUGAUGUUACUUAUUGGAACGUGUUUAUUGGAGCGCGUUCUUGUAUUUUUAAAUAUCUGUUCUCGAUGCAUUGCUUCUACUGAAGCCAUCGUUGGCUUUAAAUUACUAAUACGAAAAUACAUUAAACGAAUGCUUUUCUGCAGCAUUGUGUCUUCAAAUAUCACUCAUUCCUAAACCAAGAUCCAUUUCAGUUUCAUUUAAUUUAACGCUAUGCAUAAUUACCAUUUCUCUUUUUUUUUUUUUUUUUAAGUUAAAGCAGCUGUAAAUGUGGCCUUUCUGUAUUGGUUUUGCUCCAUUAAUCAGGGAUUUCAAAGUAAUUUUGGUGUUUUAAUGCAAAGUUUGUAAUUAAUCCAAGCAGGCUGCUAAAAAUUUAAUUGUUGUAUUGCCUGCAGUUGGUCACUAGGUGGCAGACUUAGCAAGUUAUAAAGUUUGCAAUGUAAUUUUAGAGGCGGCCGAAAUUAACUGCAUUUCUCAUCAUGCUCUGGCUGAGUAUCAUGAAAUAUUUGUCCAAAUAGCUCAACAGAUAAAUUGUAAUUUCAAUCCAUUAUAUCUUGUAUGUAGGGAUUUCAGAUAGUGUCCAAGAAUAUAACUUAAACUGUUCUGUGAAGUCAUUCGAUAAAGGCUAUAUAAGCCUUUACAGGAGCCAACUGGCCUUUUAAAUAAAGCCUUAGAUGCCUUCAGAAACGUGUUUACAAGCAGUGUCUCUCCAGGUCUGGAGUGGUUAGAUAAAUGGAUUGGAGAAUAGACAGGAGGCGAUAUAUAGAGAUACUAGGUUACAUAGAUGAGAAAAGAAAGUCCCUCUAACAGCUUCCUAAACUGAGCAUUAAUUUCAUUGUAGCGUUCGAGAAAUACAGCCUUAAUAAUAUAUAAAAAAAUACCCCCAAAAAAAACCUGUUCUAGAGAAGCCAAUGCUGUUCCCUAUUGUUCUGCAGCAUUUAACAAUUGAAGAGAUGGAUAGAGACAGAUAGAAGGUUAAACAACCAGAUACCAAAGAUAGACAGAAAAUGAAAGCAAUAUUGGAAGGGCGUGCAGGUGUGAAAUAUAGUGAAAAUGCUAUGUUUGUGAUUUAGAAAAAGCACGAUACGAGAUUAUGUUUUAUUCUUUUAGAUUGUAACGCAAACAGAAUUGUUUAAUAAAUAGUAAGAAUGACUGGUCUGUUUAUUUCCAAGGUCCAUGAAAGAAGUCCAUCAGUCCAUGAAGAUGCGUCGGAUUCCUUAAUUACACCUGCUCAGAGCCCACCGUUCUAUGUAAUUUUGCUCCUAAAAUUCCUGCUCUGGCUGGUUUUGUUUGGCCUUUUUGUCGAGCUUGAGUUUGGCCUGGUUUAUUUUGUUCUUUCCAUGUUUUAUUGGCUGUAUGAAGGAACCCGUGGAGCACAGCACCGAAAACAAGGAGAAAUGAGUGCCUACUCUGUGUUUAACCCAGGCUGUGAGGCCAUUGAAGGAACCCUGACUGCCGAACAAUUUGAGAGAGAGCUACAGUAUAGGCCACUGGCUGGGAGGUGAUGUCAGGGAGCACAGGGUGAGGUGUGUUUGGGUGGUUACUUAUUUUUUGACUUACCCCAUUUAUAAAAUUGAAUUUUUAUCCUUAGUUUAAAGAUAUGAAUACACUACAAUGUCCCUCACUGCUCUACUGGUCUUGGAGAUUGCUUUCUCCUGUCUCGUCAGGAGGCCGUUCUUACCUAAAAUGCUCCACCUGUGACAGUGAUGGUCCUGUUAGAAAGAUUCACAGCUCCAGGUACAGAGUCUGAGUCUCUCAACCUUAUCACCUUACUCUGAAUCUGCCAAACCUUUUACUGAAAGCUAAAGACUAGCAGUGCACCCCAGGGGGAGUUAUAGACCAAACUCCACAGCGUAUAGGAGGAAGGAUGUCGGCCAGAAGGAUCAAGAAUAUCACAAAGAAUCAUCACAACACACAUCAUCAAACAGUGCUUCAAUCAACCCUUUUUACUUCAAAGACAUAUUAAUACCUUAUAAUGACCGUUUAAUUUGGGUGUUAUCAAUCUGAACAAAAUGCUGCUUGGAUCUUCCAUUGCAUGUUUUACAAGUUAAAAUAACAGUAAAUUAUUUGGGAAUUCUGUUUCAAAAGUUAUUCUGAGGCAAAGUUCUAGAAGUGGAGCUGUCACCAUGGAAAUCAACAGAGAUCUUGCUGAUUUUUUUUCCCCGUUUACAACUUUUCCCCAGUACUGCUGCUCCUUCCUCCAAUUGAUGAUUCUUUGUAUCUCUUCCUUGUUAGACUCAUAUCAAACCUUGGAAAAUGCUUUGUUUUUUAAAAACAAUCCCACAAAGGAUGGAGGGAUAUUUAUAAUGAGAAAGUUCAUGGGCAGAGUUCUCGAAAGGGAACAAUUAUUAUAGAAAGCAAUAUCAUUUUCCUGCUGUUUGCUCCACGCUUAGGUCGUUGUCACGGAAUGGCUCUUUACGAACAAUUCCCUUAUUUCUUAGUUAUGUUAAUAUUGUGUUUUCUACGCUGUGCUCCUUGAGGCUGGAAGCAUUCAAUACCCAAAACAUGUGCCCAUAAAAUGUAACUGUUCUGAUACCUAAGAAUUCGGAGAGACCGAUGCCUAAUGUUUAGCAAUAAACACUAAUAAAUACAAACACAUUUUGA